AUCGCUUUGUUUAUGAUAUGGUCGCGGCGAAAACCGGGCGCAGUCCGGACCUGCAGGGGAUUUCGUUGCCUGCUGUUCCAAGUAGCCCAAACAGCUUGAGAAGAAAAUGUGAUUCUGCUGUAAAUCGAAGCUCUAGCUCCCAAGACCCCGAACCCUAACCCUAACCCUAACCUUCGAUUCCGAGUUGAUGUAUUAUUACGAGCAUCGAUGACGUCGACGACCAAGGCCUUCUCCUUCCUUCCGUUCCAAUCCAUCUUUCCGCAGGUUAUUUCAAUUCGUGAUGUCAAGGGUUGGAAUUUGAAGACUCCGCAAUCGUUUCGAUUAGGUUCUCGUUGGUUGGGGCACACUCGAGGGGAAUCCAGGCCACUUAUUUUGGUCAGAGCGUCUGGAGAUGCUCUUGAUUCCAGUGGCGAUAGCGAGCGUGCCGGAGAUGGCACUCCUGUCGAGGAGGAGGGGAAUCGAUUGGAUUUGGAAAGAAAACUUGGGUCCUUGAGAGAGAUGGUGAAUUCUCUGCCUCCUGUUGUCAUUGUGAUAAAAAGAAAUAGUGGUUCAAAAUUUGCAAUAGCUUUAUGUGUUGCAUUUGCAUUUUUGGUGAUCGCAACAAGACAAAUCAUGCUUAAAAGGAAAAAUCAUUAUCAAGGAUCUGUCGCUGAUUUGGUGAGACGGGGCCAGUUGAGAUCUGAUAGAAGAGGCAUCUCAAAGCCUCUGAAAUGUGAUGAUCCCUUUCAUAACCCCUUCAUAAAGUUUGGUAAGGGUGAUUCGAGAAUUGAAAUGUUUGGAAAGGUUUAUCGCUUGGCUCCUGUAACCCUUACCAAAGAGCAACAAUCUGUCCAUCAGAAAAGGAGGUCACGUGCAUACCAGUGGAAGAGACCAACAAUUUUUUUGAAAGAAGGUGAUCCAAUACCACCAGAUGUUGACCCUGAAACAGUUAGAUGGAUUCCAGCUAAUCAUCCAUUUGCAACAACUGCUAGUGACAUUGAUGAGGAUGUGGCACAACAUAAUGUGUAUCAGAAACAUGGUGUUCCUUUUCGUGUUAAAGCUGAACAUGAAGCAUUGCAGAGAAAGCUUGAGUCUCUACAAAGUGAGCAAAAACUUAAUGAAGUGGCACUCGAUCUAAACAACAUCCGAGAUUUUGAAAGACCAUUCAAGUCAUCAAUGAAACCACAGGACCUGGAGCCGAACUCAUCUGCCAAUCAGCAGAAUGGACACCUAACCUUGAAAUCUGAUGAAGAGACUGGUACAUCGGAUAGUGAGUCAUUGUCGGAUGAACUGAAGAAGUAUUAACAGGUGUUCUGGUCACUUUUCCAGUUAUUUUGUGAUGACCGUCUUCUCUGUCAUCAUUGAAAAUAGAUGGGGAAUGGACAGCACCUUUACAUGCAUAUUGAAUUUUGGAUCUUCAACACAAGAAAAAAAGAUCCAAAGUUUUGGAACAUGCAAGUUCAACUCAAAAACCAAGCCUGUAAAUAGAUUUGUUUGUAUCUAGCUUUCUAUUUUGCAGGUCGAUUGUAGACAUCAAAAUUAUUGUUUUCCUUUCUGAUCUUUUUCAUCGCGAGCUCUGUGGUAGUCAGGGAUCGGUGCAAUACCUAAAGUAUAUAUGUCAACUGAGUCCAGGUAUGGUCAAGCCAUUCUGCAGGUCCUUGUCAGCACCUGAUUGGGAGUGUUGGAUAAAGCGACGACCUUUCACAUUUUCCAAAGUUACUCUUAAGAUCUAUAGACUCUUCGUAAUUGGGUCUGAAAUAUAUGAUUCAGAGACUCGGCUGGAGAGCAAGUAAACUUAUUGUGGUUCACUCCUGUUGUUCCAAGGGAAAUCAGUUUUGUGACCUGUAUCUGGCUGCAGCUGUCACCAUCAUUUGGAACAGCUAUAACCAAAAUUAGAUGCUGUGGUAAAUCAGGUAUCGUUGAGAGGGCUGUAAGUUUCUAGUGAAGAAAAAAGCAAUGCUUGGCAAAGGUGAUUCGUAGGAAAAAGGAUGAUGCUUUAGCUGAGAAUGAUGAUGUAAAGUUUAUGAAAAUAGAUUCUCUUAAAACAUUAGCAUCAAAUUAAGAGCCUGUGUACUUGUAUAGCAUGUGAAUUCUCAAGAUCAUAGUUGGUGUUUCAUGUGUGCUUGUAUAGCAUGUUGAAAAAACAAGAUUCAGAAAAAUCGAAGACCAUGUGGCAAUGAACUUGUAGACUGCUGCAAGUAUGGACAUGGUUAAUUCUCAUAGCAAAGCAGCUUUAUUUGCUGAUUUGAGAAGGCAUGAAUGACAUUUUGUGAAGGUGUAGCCAAUAAUUGAAUGCCAUAGUUCAUUCUUUGUGAAUCAAA